AUGGGUGGAAAUUCAACUGGUAUCGCUGUGGGUUGUGCAGUUGGUAUCCCUUGUUUUAUAGCAUUCUGCGUUGCGUUUGUUUUUUUCCUAAAGACAAGAAGAAGAUUCAAAGAAGAGGAUUUAGAGUUCAGUAGACAUCAUGAUGUUGAUGAAAUGAAUAAAGAUUUGAGCUAUAAUAAUUUCGAACAGUUGAAGAUGGAACAAGAUAAUACAAAUUCAGAACCUUCAGAGGAUUCGGAUCAAAGUGGCCAUCAUAAUCAAGAUUCAGGAAUUGACGAUUCAGAAAAGAAAUCCACUCAAACUUCAACUAAUGAAUCUAAGAAGCAGAGGUAUGUCCCAGCUUAUAGAAAGAAGUUUAAAUCUUCAAUUACAAACUUGAAUAAUUCUAGAAAUUCAUCAUUCUCAAAUCUACAAAAUGGUGGAUCUGCUGUACAAGGUUCAAAUUCAUCAAUAAACUCAAACACAACGAAUCAGACUGACUAUUUCUAUAAUAAUAUCCCAAUGAUGCAAGAUCAAUCUGGAACAAAACAAGCAGAUUCUUCAAAUAAUAGUUUGGAUCUUGCAAGAUCAUUACAAGUCCCAACCCCAUCAUAUUCUAAAAAACCAGCAUUCACAAAGAGCUCGUCAGUUUCAACAAAUGAUGAUGAGGAUGACUAUGAUUUAAAGAACAAUUAUAGACUUGAGAAUGAACAUGAAAUUCAAGAAGAGGAUCAAUACGAAAAUGAAUUUACAAAUUAUAGUGAAAACAAAAGAGCUUAUAUAAACAGCUUGAGACCAAAAUAG